GCCAGCCGUUCCCCGCGGCCGCCCCAGAGCCGCCAGGGCCCCGGGCCGGGGGGCUCGCCUGGCGCGGGAUGGCGGAUUUCGAUGAGAUCUACGAGGAGGAGGAGGACGAGGAGCGGGCCCUGGAGGAGCAGCUGCUGAAGUACUCGCCCGACCCGGUGGUGGUCCGCGGCUCCGGUCACGUCACCGUAUUUGGACUGAGCAACAAAUUUGAAUCAGAAUUCCCUUCUUCAUUAACUGGAAAAGUAGCUCCCGAAGAAUUCAAAGCCAGCAUCAACAGAGUUAACAGCUGUCUUAGGAAGAAUCUUCCUGUUAAUGUGCGGUGGUUGCUCUGUGGCUGCCUGUGUUGCUGCUGCACAUUAGGCUGCAGUAUGUGGCCAGUUAUUUGCCUCAGUAAAAGAACACGAAGAUCGAUUGAGAAGUUAUUAGAAUGGGAAAACAAUAGGUUAUACCACAAGCUGUGCUUGCACUGGAGACUGAGCAAAAGGAAAUGUGAAACGAACAACAUGAUGGAAUAUGUCAUCCUCAUAGAAUUUUUACCAAAGACACCGAUUUUCCGACCAGAUUAGCAUUUGCUUUAUUUAUAGAGACUUUGCAAGUGUGUUGUCUUUCCAAUGGUGCCUUGCUUGGUGCUCUCCUGCUGGUGACAUGAUGCUGGUUCUACAGAAUCGGGUGGUGGUUCUGUUUGUUUUGUUUUUAAAUAACCGCAUGUUCUAUGUGUGCAUAUUUGUCAAACUUUGCAAGUUAUUUCAUACAAAUGUUUAAUACUUAAGUUAUUGUGCUCUUUUCUGUUAUGUAUUCUGAUUUUCAAGGAUUACUUUUUGUAUUCUCAAAAAAAAUACAUUUGAACUUAGCAUAAAAAUGGUCAGCCUUUGUUAUUUUGUCAACAAGGUUCACACGGUCCUUUGUCAGUUCCUUAACAUUGAAAAACAUACUUGUUGUCUGUUCUAACAUACUCUUGUACUGUUUUUUUUUUUUUCCCUUUCUGUUAGGAUUUGUACAGCAGUAUUUGAAGCCAGUACAUUUUCUCACGUAGCCUUUUGGGCCUGCACUGACCUUUCUCACACAGUUCCUGAUGCUCCGUCUCAGCAGAUACACUUUAGCUUUAUGAAGAACUAGUAAUGGUUUUGAAAAAUCCCUGUCUUCAAAAGGUCGUUUUCCUAGAAUAGACACAUCACGAAUGGUGUGCAUGCAGCAGCAGUUGCCAGGAUUCAGUGAGCUCACUGUAGAGUAGCAUCUGUCCUCAGUGCCAGUCGACAGGCAGAAAGGCAUCUGUACCCAGUUAUGGUCACUGCUCAGCGUAUCUUACAUACAGAAGUAGAGAAUUACCCCUUCUAAAUUCAAAUGUUUCCAAUCUAACAAUUGGGGAAUGGAUAUGUUUCUCGCUAGUUUGGAAAGAAAACAAACUUCUAGAAUUAAAAAUCAUUUGAUAUAACACUAGUAUAUUGUUAUAUAGAGUAGAUAGUCACUAAGAAAUGGUGAGUAUGUUUAAUACUAUUUCCAAUCUACCCAUUCACUUUCAAUCCAGUUAUAGACUUUUUUGAUUGAAAAUUGGAUAUUUAAGUUCAGAUCAGAUUAGCUUAUUACUUUUUUUUUUUAGCUUAUUCCUUUUAAAUAUAGACAUACAUAUAUUUUUUCUGUUUAGUUGUACAUAUCUCCCCACACUAUAGAUUUUCUGAAUGGCCUAUGUGUAGACUUUGUUUUUUUAUAAGCCUAAAAUUAAACACGUUUUAAUGUGUGUCAAGAACUUGUUCCAUAUAAUUGUGGUAUCGAGCAAUAAUGUGAAUAACGUUUGAAAUUAUAUAAACUAUGUUUAAUAAUUUGUAUUAAGAAUUAGUACCACUACCUUCCCCCCCCACACCCCAUAUUAAACCUUUUAAAUACCAA